AUAUCCUUUUUAAGGCCAGAAUUCACCAUGGAUGGAGCUCCUCUGCAAAACCCUUAUACUUCCCUUUGUUGUUUUAAUCCCCUUCGCUUUCGAUUCUUUCCGUGAACUUGAUUUGUAUGAAUUGGAGGCUUUGAUCGUUGGGAGAGGCCUGUGAGGAAGAGAAUCAGUCUGGUUGUGGAUUUGAGGUCUUCAUCGUUCUUUCCGCUGUGGGUAAACUUGAGGUUAAUUUUAGGUGCAAUCACACUUAAUACAUGAGUUUGAUGAUGCUAUCUGCCAUUUCUAAUUGGGCUACCUUGUAAUCUAUUCUACCAGAUCACAUACAUGUCACCCAGGACCGCCUAAAAUUGAUUGACCCUGCAGGUUGAUGAGUUUCUCGUAGAUGUAUGGAUGAACAUACCCGGAUUGACUCAGUUAAAUUUGGUGACCAGUGUACAAGUGAUAUUGCUGUAUGCCUGAAAAUCAGCAAAGAAAAACAAGAGAUCUUCCAUCUGCAUUCAGCAAUACUCAAAAGCGAGAGCACAUAUUUUGCAAACAAACUUGCAGACCCAACUAAUCAUUCAUGUAUAGAGAUUGAGUGCACAGAACUCAAUUUUGAGUACUAUAUAAAACUUCUGAAGAGCCUUUACCUUCCUGCUGGGGCACUUUUGGAAUCCUGGGACUCUGUUCGAUCCGUACUGGGUAUUCUUCCAGUGGCUGCAGCUUUAAACUGUGAAUCCAUCGUGCAGAGCUGCCUUCAGUACUUGGAGGCUGCUCCUUGGGACGACACCGAAGAGGAUCAGAUAGUGGCAGAGGUUUCACUGCUAGGUCCGAUUGGAAUGCCUGUCCUCGCAAGAAUCCAACCAGUAGAUUCGGUAGCUUCUAAAAGAGUUUUCAUCUCAGCAAUACGCUUUGCUACCUCAGUUGACGGUCCCUGCGUUUCUUUUGGAGAUGAGCUUAGGGCUUCAGCUCAAGAACAAGUAGAGUAUAUGCUUGGGGAUGACGAAGACAUGCCACUGGUUGUUGCUGAUAAAGAUGUAAAAUCGGAGACCACAACUGGCCUGUUGCAGAUAUUUUCAACGUUUGAAAGCGCUCUCCCCUCGCUCUUGGAAUCUGGCUCGAGCAAGGUUGCAGAGGGUAAAAUUGUUCAAAGCCUAUCCGAUCUUGGAUGGAUGUGCAAUAUUCUGCUGAAAAUGGGUCUAAUGGAGAAUUUCGUAUCCAAGUGGAUUGACAUCUCCGAAAGCAUAUUACAGAUUAUUGAAGACAAGAAACUCGAAUGCGACAUAUGGGGAGUAAAAUCGAAGCUUGUAGAAGUGACAUCUAAAGUACUCGAUGCAGUAGGGUAUGGGAACGUGAUCCAGCCCCCUCAACGCCGCCUGCAGCUGGUGAAAACAUGGCUUCCUUACAUCAGAAAACUGAAGCCCACCCUUGACUCCAUGACCCAAAAAGAUGCUGAAUUUCCUCACAAGAUGGACGAAGACCUCUGCCAGAGCAUCGAGGGAGCUAUGGUUUCGUUAGUUUCUGCACUCCCUUCCGAUGACCAAGCUGAUAUCCUCGCUGACUGGAUGAAUGCCGAGCAGCGACGAUAUCCUGAUCUUAGCGAAGCCUUCGAAGUAUGGUGCUUCAGAACCAAGUCGGCUAAGCGACGGUUAGUCGGGGGCCUGGAUAGACCUGACAAGACCACAGUCAGUCUCUGAUCCAUUUGCUAUCGCCAUUAACUUUUGAGUUUUCUUUGCUAUGCGGGAUGGCGAACUUGCUGCAUACACACUGCUCAUUUCCCAGCAGUUUUUGUUUUUUUUUUUUUUAAAACACCUAAUUGUAUUUCUUAUUAUUGACUUGGAGUUGGCCAGCCAUCAUCUUCUUGCCUACGAUUGCUUACUUGAAAUUAUAGAAUGGCUGUUUGUUUGUUA